CGAGGGGACAGGAGGGAGGGCUCGGAUGAGCGGCGGCGGGGACCGACGGACGAAAGCAAACGGCCGCGGUCGAGGCGGUGGAGCCCAAGCGAGGCCGGCGGAGGCUCUCUCGGCGCCUUCCGUGCCACGGACCGGCAGGCAGGCGGGCGGGCGGGCGAGCAGCUCAAGGCAGGCGGCCGGAGGGCUGACUCUCUCGGGCUCGGAGCAUCAUCGCCGGAGGCGCGUCCCGACAGCCCCGCCGCGAUCGCCCCCCGAGACCGCCGCUGCACCGGACGGGCAGGACGCCAGGACUUUUCCUUUUCUUUCGGGAGAUCUUGAAGCGAGGCAUGACCCGGAGGGGGGGAGAGUGGAAAGCAGACGCGGGGCGACGAGGCUGGAUCCGCGCUCCGCGGGGCUACUUGGCCGCUUUGCCCGCAGCCGGAGAGUCACCGGCGGCGGAGGGAUGCAUCGCCGGCUGCCGCCACCCGCCGCCCUCCGUCCCGACGGCCGUCCUCUCGGAGCUCCCACGCCGCGGAUGGGCCAGCCGGCUCCCCCGGGCACACGCCGCGGCCGCCCCGCGCGCCUCCCCCGGACGCCGGGCUGCCCUUCCGCGGAGGAGGAGGAGGAGGCGGCGGCGGCGGCGGAGAAGCCGAGGGAGCCUCCCCGGGCAAGACCGACGAGGCAGCUUCGUCCCCGGCACACACUUGCCUCGGUUCCCCGGCUCGCCAAAGUUGCUGCGCGCUCCGGGUCUCGCCUCUCCGUCUCCUCCGCUCGGCCAGGCGCGGCUGCCGGCCAGGCGCGGCUUCUGCUCCGGCUCCUGCAGCCCGACACGGCCGGUGCUCCCUGGCGGGCGAAAUCCGAGCCGGCGCAGGGACGAUUCGGCCGGGUUUCUCCUCGCCCAGCCGCCGCUUCGCCUGGGAAGGGCAGAACCCGGCGCGGUCAGCUGAUGGCCCGGGUGACGUCAGGCUCUCGCCUCGGCUCCCCUGGGCGCCCACUUAAAGAAGCCCCAGCCUCCUGCCGCUCCCCCCCCCCCCACAAAAAAAAUCCGGUCGGAGCUGAAGAAGCUUCUUGCCUGAGCAGCGAAACGUCUUCCGAGAAAAAACAAGACCCGAGUCAGGCCAGUUGCCUGGUGAAAAAAAAAAAAAAAAGCAGCUUUGGGAAAAGUACCAGCCUCCUUUUUCUCUCUCUCGCCCCCCCCCGCCGCUCCCCUCCCCAGCAAAGGAGCGACGGCCUGCCCGCGGCGCCUGCAGGAGUCGGUUCACACGUGCUCCGUCACACGCGCCCAGCACCUGCGGCUGGCCAGCAACUCGGGCGAGGAGGCUCAGCCCGCGAAGAGAUUGCCAAACGCGCAGGCGCGCAAACUUGGUCUCUUGGCUUUUUGGGACAUGCGGACACAAGACAAGAAACAUUUGGUGGAAACUAACCAAGGAGAGAAGCAACCUGGAAUUAAGGAGAAACUUCCUAACAGUGAGAGCAAUUAGCCAGUGGAACAACCUGCCUCCAGAAAUCGUGGGUGCUCCAUCACUGGAGGUUUUUAAGAAGAUACUAGACAGCCACUUGUCUGAGAUGGUAUAGGCUCUCCUGCUUGAGCAGGGGGCUGGACUAGAAGACCUCCAAGGUCCCUUCCAGCUCUGUUCUGAUUGAUUGGUUGAUAACUUUGUUUCUUUUACAAUCCAUUAUUUAUUUGUCAAAACUAUGGUUUUCCCAGUAGUAAUGUACUGUAUGGCUGUGAGAGUUGGACCAUAAACAAGGAAGGCUGAACACCGAAGUAUUGAUGCUUUAAAACUGUGGUUUUGCAGAAGACACUUGAAGAGUCCCUUGGACUGUAAGGAGAUCCAAUCAGCCAAUCCUAAAAGAAAUCAACCUUUACUGCUCUUUGGAAGGUGAAGCUGAAGCUCAGAUUCUUUGGCCACCAAGUGAGAAAAGAGGACUCUGGAAAAGGCUGAAGGCAAAGGAGAAGGGGACAGCAGAGAUAGUUAGAUAGUGUCAUUGACACAAUAAUCAUGAGUUUUGGCAAACUCCAGAAGAUAGUGGAGGAUGGGGGGCGGUUGGUGUGCUUUAGUCCAUGAGGUCACAAAGAAUCUGACAUGACUUAGUGACUGAACAACAUUUAUUUAUGUAUUAAAUGUAUGUGGCAACCCAUCUUACUGGAACAUGACUCUGAGUGGCGUGUCCAGUUAAGACACCAUUGAAGACACACAACCUGCCUCCAGAAGCGGUGAAUGCUCCAACACUGGAAUUUUUUUAGAAGAGACUGGACAGCCAUUUGUCUGAAAUGGUGUAGGGUUCCUGCCUGAGCAGGGGGUUGGACUCGAUGAC